AGCCGCUGUGGCUGGAGAAGGCGCGAGGCUGCCGAGGCGGCGCCGGGUGCCGACCUCCGCCCCGGGCGGGGGUGGGGCCGCGGCGAUGUUCCAGCCGCAGCAGGCGCAGGCGGGCGAGGUGCACGUGGAGUUCCGGGCGGGCCAGUGCAAGUGGGACGGCCGCCUCGUCACGCCAGAAAAGUCGAAAGGCAAGGUUGCGCUCGUCACCACCGAGGAGGACGGAUUGAUGCAUUUCCGAUGGGCCAACCGCGAGAAGAACGACACGGCCCUUGAUCUCAUCGUGAUCAACGACGCCUACUUUGAGAAGAUCGAGAAGUGCAAGGACGGGCGUGUCUACGUCCUGCGCUUUACCUCCAGCGAUAAGAAACUUAUUUUCUGGAUGCAGGAGCCAGAUGAGAACAGCGACGUGGCGUUGAUUAAGAAGUUCAACGAUGCCGUCGGGGCCAAGAUCCCAGAGAAGGGCAGCAGCGGCAGCGGCUCUGCGCCCGUUGCGGCAGCCACCGCCAGCUCCCCGGGCGCUCCCGCGGAGCCCAACCCCGAGUUGCAGGCCAUCUUGCAGCAGUUCCUGCAGGCACAGAGCGCGCCGCGGGCGCCGCCCGUGCCUUUGAGCGCCGUGCUCACCACGGAGGUGCUGCAGGGCCUGCUGGAGGACGAGGCCGCCGUGAAGGAGAUGACCGAGUUGCUGCCGGCAACCCACAGGAACCCGGCGGGUGUGCGCGAGGCGCUCGCUUCUCCGCAGUUGCAGCAGAGCCUGCAGGGGCUCUCGCAGGCCAUCCACUCCGACCAGCUCCCCAUGCUCCUGGCCGCGCUGGGCCUGGACCCCAGAUCGCUCGCCGGGGCGGCGCCUGGCAGCGACGCGCUGGAGGUGCUCUGCAAGGCGAUGGAGGAGCAGGGCGGCGGUGGUGCAGAGGGUGGCAGCUGAGCGCGUCGGCCGCCCGCUCGGCCUUGCCCCCCUCGCCCCCUCCCGCCUCCCGCCUCCUCGCGCGAGAGGCGACGCAGGCACCCCGCUCUUGGGCCGGUGCUGUUGCGCAAAAGCGCGCGCCAGCGCUGGCCCCUUCCUGGGCAGGCCCCUGGCGCGCGAGGGCCCGCACGCGGAAUGCACGACCAGCAGCACGCGGAUGGUCCGAUGUGGCUGCGGGCUCGGCUGUAGACCCAGACCUUUGGCGCCGUCUUCUUGUUAUUCAUCGCGGCAUCGGAGGUCUGGAGAUACACGUUGUGGUGCCAGCCGCGCCGUGUGCUGAGCUCUGGUGGCGCAGAGCAGAGAA